ACACUGUCUUUUACAAAUUUCCGACGUACGUGCAAGCACGGGCAUUAUUUUUUGUAAAACGUGAAUUCAGCAACAAAUCAACUAAAAUGGCUUUCGGUGAUGUCAAGACCCCACAGGGACUGAAGGAGUUGAACAACUUCCUGGCCAACAGCAGCUACAUCAGCGGCUACACACCUAGCAAGGCCGAUUUGUCUGUUUUCGAUGCCCUGGGCAAGGCUCCAGCUGGAGACUACGCCCACGUUGCACGUUGGUACCGCCACAUUGCCUCCUUUGAGGCUGGAGAGCGCUCGGCAUGGACUGGCGCUCCCCUGCCCCAGCUGGCUGGUGGCAAACCCACAGUAGCUGCUCCGGCCAAGCCAGCUGCUGACGACGAUGACGAUGUCGAUCUAUUCGGCUCCGACGAGGAGGAGGACGCUGAGGCCGAGCGCAUCAAGCAGGAGCGUGUUGCUGCCUACGCCGCCAAGAAAUCAAAGAAGCCCGCCCUUAUUGCCAAGUCGUCGGUGCUGCUCGAUGUCAAGCCAUGGGAUGAUGAGACCGACAUGAAGGAGAUGGAGAACAAUGUCCGCACCAUCGUUAUGGACGGUCUGCUGUGGGGCGCAUCCAAACUGGUGCCCGUCGGCUAUGGCAUCAACAAGCUGCAGAUCAUGUGCGUCAUUGAGGACGAGAAGGUGUCCAUCGAUCUGCUGCAGGAGAAGAUUGAGGAGUUCGAGGACUUUGUGCAGUCUGUCGAUAUUGCUGCCUUCAACAAGAUCUAAACAGAGAUUCUAACUAUUUUGAAUAAAUCCAAGCAAAAGCAAAGCAACUAAAA